UGUCAGAGAAUGACAUCAUUUCUGUGACAAAGGUUAUGGUAUUGAUGCUGCUGUAAGCACUUCCCUGUGUUUGCUUUGGCACUGUGUCUUAUCUGCAUAGUGUUGUGUGUAUGGCUCGCAGUGUGGCGAUACUGUUAGUGUUACAACACCUUUGCACCUGUCGCUACACAUUGAUCAAAUAACUGCAGGUGGACAGCUGCGCCAGCAAACUCCCAAGCUCAAGUGUCGACCUAUGCCAUAAAACAUGAGCUCAAAUCUGAUACAAGUCAUAAAAUCAUUCCAUACAUAAUGACAGUUGUCCAUUUCACUUGUGUGGGUGGUGAUAAGAUGCAUUGCAGUUCACAGUUGGGAGGACUCUGUUUAUGUUGCUUGGUGCCUGUCCAAGGCCUAUCUGUGACUAAAUCAUUCUAGUUUCCCAGUUCUUGUUGCAAAGUUAUGAGUUCGUCUCUACAAACAACUGCAGUCAUGUGAUGUUAUGUACUCAAUGACUCACUUGACAAAUCCUCCAAAUCUUUCUACUCUUGUUUGCUCUUUUUUCACACACUGAGGCCUGCUCGGAAAUGUAGCGCUAGCUUCACUUUCGCCAUAUCUUCUUUCUUUCAUCUGUCUUUCUUUCUCUGCCUCAGUCUGAGUUUAACCCCCUCCCUCCCUGCUCCAUGAGGCCUCUCCUACAAGAGCUGGGCUAGAGGCCUCUUUAUCCCGGGCCGUGAUUGGUCCACAGGCGUCACAUGGUGCUGAGUGGGCUGCCCUGCUAUCCGCUAUCCGCCCAGCUCUUUGGGUGUUCACAUGGAAUAACUCCACAGCUGCAGUGGGAAGAGCGCUGGGGUCGGGACACAGGGAGAGGCGGCGAGCCCAAAAUGGACAUGGCUAACCUAUUCAAACACUUCUUUCGGAUUGGGAAGGUGAAGGGCGGGAAGAGGGGCAUGAGAGACACAGCCUCAAAUGUGGACUCAGACAUGUACGAUAACGGCGAGCGUCUGUACGACCUGAACGUGCCCGCGCUGGUUAAGUUCAGUUACACGGCAGAGCGCGAGGAUGAGCUGUCUCUGGUCAAAGGCACACGGGUCAUUGUCAUGGAGAAGUGCAGUGAUGGCUGGUGGCGCGGCAGCUACAGCGGCCGCUCGGGCUGGUUUCCCUCUAACUAUGUGACAGAAGACGUGGAGCGGACAGCAGGACCAGGAGGGCUGGGUGACCCCACGGUGUCCCUGACAGAGAAGCUGGCAGCUGUGGUCAACAGCACGGCCAAUGGGAACAGAGUCCUGCACACGGUCCAGGCCUUGUACCCGUUCAGCUCGGGCAACGACGAGGAGCUGAACUUUGAAAAGGGAGAGGUGAUGGAGGUCAUAGAGAAACCCGAAAACGACCCAGAAUGGUGGAAGUGUCGCAAAGCCGAUGGACAGUUGGGCUUAGUGCCUAAAAAUUAUGUAACAGUGCUGGACUCCAGCUCCCAUAAACCCCUAGCAGGCCCAGCCGGACCCCCCACCCCCGACUGUGACUACAUCUCCCCCUCAGGGACCGGCCGCUUCGCCGGUAAGGAGUGGUACUAUGGCAAAGUCACCCGCCACCAAGCCGAGGUGGCCCUCAACCACAGGGGCACAGAGGGAGACUUCCUCAUCAGAGACAGCGAGUCAUCGCCCAAUGACUUCUCCAUCUCCCUGAAGGCCCAAAGCAAGAACAAGCAUUUCAAAGUGCAGCUUAAAGAAAACCUUUACUGCAUUGGACAGCGGAAGUUCAACUCUAUGGAAGAGCUUGUCGAACACUACAAAAAGGCCCCCAUCUUCACCAGCGAGCAGGGAGAUAAACUGUACCUGAUCAAGGCCCUGGCUGCCUCCUGAUCCCUCUGUCACAGACACUUGGACCAUACAAAUACACACAGAACAUGUGGAGUCAUAGUGAAACACACACUAACAUAUGAACUGAAGCCUGAGGACUUAGCACAUCAUCAGGACUUAAACCCAUUUGAGAGCAUUCCAAGAGGAGGAAUGGAAAAAGCAUGGGAGAGACGGACACACAGAGGAGGAGACAAAGACUAUGGACUCUUGAGAGAUGACUACAGACCUCUUGGUCGCCUAUUUAAAAUGAUCCAGAUGUGUAGCCCAUUGGCGAUGCCAUGUAUUUCCUCCUCUGUAUCUAUUAGACUUACAUUUAGUUUUCUCUUUUGUUAAUAAUAUAUAAUCUUUUUAACAUUUUUUAAUGUGAUGAUUUUAACUGUCUUUACACCAUCUUUUUGAGUCCUUUCAGACAUGGUUGAAGCUCUUUAUGUCUGUCUUAACUGGCUGUGGACACGCUAAUCAACACUCUCUGCUAACUGCUUAUGCUGAAUAAAAAUCAUGUGACCAAAAUAUAUUUAUUGACACUAUUCUGUUAGGUUUAGAGCUGUCACGCUUCGCAUAUGAAGGAUUCCCCUCAUUUUGUAAAACGUGCCCACCUGGCUGUGUUGAUUGUUGCAAAGCGGUGGCACCACAAAUGUAGCCUGUUGCUCCGAUAGCAAAACAACCCACUUUGUUUUGCCUGCAUGCAAUUGUUUUCACUGUGACUGUGAUAGCCCCUCCCCCACCCGUCAUUCUGACAGCUGAGGAGCGCCCCAUGUGUUGCCAAGGGGGACGUUUCUCUGGAGAUAAGAAAGGUUCAGCCUGCGUCCAAACGCAUGCGAGUUGUGCCGAGGGGAAGUGGUCAUCCAGUCAAGAGCAUGAUGUCAUCAGGACAUCGGUGAGGGACUGGAGGAAAGGGCUGCUGAAAGGUUAUAUUAGUUACGUAGAUUAAAGUGCACAUUUCCAGAUCUACACACAUGGUUAGAACAUAUGAUUCACUUUCUGAAUAGUGGCUCAAGUUGGAAUAAGCUUACUUUUUGAAUGCACAGGGAAUAAGAUGACAUUUUUGUUAUGUUGUUGAGGCAAAGAGGACAAAGAAGUACUCAAGCCCUCUCACUAAAGCAGCAUUGGAGUUUGUAAGGACAGAUGAUGAUGACCAGGAUAGUGAUGAGUUCUCCAGCUGGAAGUUCGGAGCUAUCGAAAAGUAGGGGGAUUUCAUGGGAGGAAUGGAAACUGACCCUCUGAAACUAAAGUGGUGACUUAGGAUCUUGGGAGGAGUCUUGGAUAGCGUUUAACUUGCUGAAUACAGUAUCUGGAAUACCGCUCCCAGUUUUCGGGGUGGGGAGUGCAGAGGCCAUUAGUGAUGUAUAAAUGAAAGAAAGUUAGCGGCACAAUAGAGUAGACGUGAGGCGUGUAUCCUGUUCUUUAUGUGAUGUGACAGUUGUAUACGUGUAUGUUCUGGCCAUUCAUUUCAGCUGAUUAAUGUAAACUGUGGUAAAGAUUUAUGAUGGUGAGAAAGUUAUUUUUACAAUGCAAGUAGAAAUUUAUGGUCCAACAAUGGCAGCAACGAUCGUACCAGGCACAUAUUAACAAAUUAGAAGCUUGUGGGAAACGCAAACUAUAUACUCAACACAAGUUCAAUUGUCCAAGCCUAUUUUUUAUUUUUGCCUUAUUCUUAACAAAACCCUUUAGUGUCUCAAAUCAGUAUCUUAAAGGUGCAUUAUGUAACUUUUCUGUUGGUCUGUCCUUCAGCUGCUGGUCUCCAUAGAUAUGUUAUUACAUUGCCUGGAAUUUUAAACAGUAUGGCAUUAAAUGUAUCUGAUUUUCUCUGGGGGUUUUAAUUGCUUGAAAAAAAACUCCACAGAUCUCACUUUGCCUAUGUCCUUCUUGUCUCCAUGGGGAUAGAUAAUGUCAUACUGUGGAACAUUCUAAUCAAAGCUAUACCAUCUCCAUGCAACAUUUCCAAAAGCAAGUGAUGUACCAUCCACCAGAAAGGUUACAUAGUGUACCUUUAACUAUAUAUGGAAUCUUCUUAAAAAUUUAGAGCAAAAAUGUAUUUUUUAAAAUGUGCCUGUAAUUUCUCUCUGUGAUUUGGCUUCUAAGAUAUAGGUACAAAUUCUGCUAAUUGACUUUGCUUUGGUGCAGUUUUCUGACACUUCACAAUAUGCUAGCUGCCUAAAUCCGCAAUAUGACAGAAUUAACGAGGGUACCGCCUACUCGCUCUGCCCUAUUUAGAAGGAUUUAGGAGCUUUUUUGUGCCUUCACUGCUUCUGAUUUACCAAAGGUUCAAUGUCCCUUAUCACUCAUCGUGUCACUGCUGCGUGCCAUCAGUUUGAUGCUUUGCAUGUGUGCGUCAGUUAAAGUGAGAUUGAGUUGACAUCUUCAUUGGUUAUUUCCUCAUGUACUCCCAAGUUCGUAUUUUGGCCAUGUGUUUUUGUAGUCCAUUGUAUCAAGUGACCUUAUCAUUGCUGAGAAUAUACUGAUCAGGGUACAACACUAUGGCCUCAACAAGUGAUGCAUCUAUUUAAAAUGUAUAUGAAUUAUUGAUUGGUUGGGUGAUUUCAUGGCUUGAAUUCACUUCCUUCAAACUUUAAUUUUUUUUUUUUUUAAUAGGAAUUGGAUGUACAAAUUGCUGCAUUCUUGUGGCUUAACUUCUUUUAGUUGUCUCCACCAUCUGCAAUUGGACACUAAAAAUGUAUCUUUUAAUUAUGUUAUAAUGUUGAUUCCUCAUCAAAAUCUUACCUGGAAUUGUGUUUUGUGUCAUUCACACAUGUUUAACACACAAAUCCUUCAUAUUUAGGCUGAGUUCUUCUCUCACCAUGUGAUGUCAUGUGAUAAUACAGGACCUGCUUCACUGUGUCUUUAAACUCACACCUGCACUAGAAUAAUCUGGAUAAUUUCAGCUGUGGAAUUUCAAGUCUUUACAGAACAAAAGGUAAUAAGUACCCAUUAACUACCACUUCAUGACAUCACAAGGUGGAACAGAGCAUUUUGAGCUUCAGGGAUGGAGGUUUACUCAAACAUGUGUGAAUGAAACAAAACACAACUCCAGGUACGUUGUUGAUGAAGUUAAUGUUGACAUUAGAACAUUCUCUUGGCUAAAAGCUCACAUUAGGCAGUUUUGUGUAACAUAGGACCUUUUAAGUUUUAAACUAUAGGCUGUUUUGAAUGUUGUGCAUCCCUGUUGCAUAUUAGACGGGUGGCUAUUCUGUUAUGCCUGAUCAGUGUAAUUUACUGAGUAAUUCAUGAAUGCUUACAUGUACAAUAUGUGCCGAUUUUUCAUUGAGAAAUAUAGUUGCAGCAGGUGUGAUGUAAUCUUGACCUCAAUCUAAUGUAACAGCGCCAAGUAACGGUAUCUUGAACUAUUUGGUUGUGAAAAACUGUCAAAGUUACCAAGAUAAUCCAUUUUAAUGUCAGUAUAUAUUUCAUUUAGGAUAGGGAUGCACAUUAGUUAAGAAAAUAGCAGUUAUGUAAAUUAUUAUGAUAACUAAAUGAUAAACAAGUAAAGUUUGGUCCAGUUUUUCUCAAAAGAUACAAAGCUUUGGAUCAUACUGCUGUGUAUCAUAUGAAUUUGCCAAUAUUGCAAUGAUGCCAAACGAUAUAUUCUGUUAUAUGCAACACUUCUGUCCUCAUGCUAGCAGUUUAGACACUUUAAAUAUAAAAUGUUCCUACAGGCCUGAUGUACACGAAAGGCUGACGGUAUAACUCUGAAUAGAUUAUUUUCCAUAAUAUGCUAGCCGCAUGAGCAGAGCCUUGCUGCAUUACAGAAAUGUUUAAAUCUGCUUAUAACAUUUGGGCAGUUGCAAAUUUUAUCUAGAGAUUAUUUUAUUAUCCACUUGUACAGAACUCCAAAUGCAGCUUAAGUGAAUUCUUGUCUGCAAAUGCAACCCUGAGAAAAGUCUUUUCACAGAUUAAUUUCUAGAUAAUAUUCAAGUGGCCCAUGUUGACGUUGGUGCUUUUGUGCUGCUUACAUUUGUAUGGUGUUCUUUGUCUCACUGUACGCCAGAGUGGAACAAACACAUUGAUGCUGUGGGGUGGUGGAGGCAGUGCUGUGAAAUGUAAUGUUCAUGCUCUUAAUACUGUUUCUAUGGAGGAGAGGACGUCUUCAGGUGUAAGAAUUAGAAGAGUCUAUUAUUAGAGUGUUCAAAGAUGUCAUAAUAAACUAUGGGAAAUUC